AUGGAGAACACCGCUGCCGAAACACCUAGCCAGGUGGAAUUCAAGGGCACCGAGUACAAUGUGAUCAAGGAGGGGCUCGCGCAUAUUCUCAACCCUCCGGCUCAGGAAGCCGCUUCCAAGGGACCAAAGAAGUUCCUCAAAGAGGAGGAUCAAUCUCAGUCCGUCUUCUACAAUCCAAUCCAGCAAUUCAACCGCGACCUGAGUGUGCUCGCCAUUCGCGCGUAUGGCGAACAUGCCAUGGACCUGAGGAAGAAAAAGACGGAUCAGAAAAUGAAGAAGCGCGCAGGCAAUGGCGAAAAGAAGCGCAAGCGGGAAGACGACGAGACCGAGAGUGAACAGGUCCCGAGGCCCGCACCCAAGGAGGGAGAGCAAGGCAAUGCUGAAGAAACCGAGCAGCCAGUGUCUGCUCCUGUCGACCAGCAAAUUGAUGCAAACCCCGAGAAGCAGCACCCGCCGCCAGCUUUCACCGUACUCGACGCCCUGUCCGCAACAGGCCUGCGUGCUCUCCGCUACGCUUCGGAGCUUCCAUUCGUCACCAAGGUCGUAGGAAAUGACAUGUCCGAGUCUGCAAUCAAGUCAAUGAAGACCAAUAUCGAGUACAACAAGCUCGAGGACCGCAUCCAGCCUAACCUGGGCGAUGCCCGCGCCUUCAUGUACGGACUCGACCACGCCGACAAGUUCGACGUAAUCGAUCUUGAUCCUUACGGCACAGCAGGCCCAUUCCUGGACGGUGCCGUCCAAGCCGCCAAAGAUGGUGGUCUUCUUUGCGUCACUUGCACGGACGCCGGUGUCUGGGCUUCGACCGGCUACUCAGAGAAGGCAUUCGCCCUGUACGGUGGUAUCCCCGUCAAAGGCCAACACUCCCACGAGGGUGGUCUCCGCCUGAUUUUGAACAGUCUCGCCAUGUCCGCAUCUAAAUACGGAAUCGCCAUUGAGCCUCUCCUGUCUCUGUCCAUCGAUUUCUACGCCCGUGUCUUCUUGCGCGUCUACCGCUCCCCUGCCCAAGUCAAGUUUAACGCUGGUAACACCAUGCUCGUAUGGAACUGCGAUGCCGGCUGCGGCGCCUGGUCCACCCAACCCAUCGGCUCGACAAAAGAACGCGCAGACAAGAAAGGAAACCCCUUCUACCACCACGGCAUAACAAAGGGCCCAACCUCCAGCCCGAACUGCGAACACUGCGGCACAAAAACACACCUAGCCGGCCCAAUGUGGGCAGGACCCCUCCACAACCCAAUCUUUAUCCAAAAAAUCCUGGACAUGCUCCCAGGCGCCGACAAACAAACCUACCAAACAACCGCUCGCAUCGAGGGAAUGUUAACAACAGCCCUCGAAGAAGACCUGGAUCUAUCCCAAUCCACUUCAACCUCUCCCUCAAAUCCCAACGAAGGCGACGAAAUCAACAUCAAAACCGCCUCGGACUCAGACGAAUCCCUCUACCCAGCCCUAAUCCCCCGCCAACCCCUAACCCCCAAACCCGAACACCCAUUCUACUUCUCCCUCAGCGCCCUCUCAAAAGUCCUCCACACAACAACACCCCCCAUCGACGAAUUCCGCGGAGCUAUUGCCCACCUGGGCUACCGCUCAACACGCAGCCACACAAAACCAAACUCCGUUCGCACCGAUGCGCCAUGGGCUGUUGUUUGGGAGAUUAUGCGUGAAUGGGUUCGCCAACAUGCGCCUAAUAAAUCUCCCGUUCUCAAGCCAGGGACUGCUGGUGCGGGUAUCAUGGCCAAGAGCCGUGAUAAUGUGCGGGUUGCUGGUGAUAACGAGAACCUCUCGACCUUGAAGAAUGAAUUACUCGCUGCUAUCCAAGCCGGGAAGGAUGUAUCCGAUCUCGUUACGAAAGUUGAAGCUGCUCUUUACCGGUCUGGUGCUCGGGGUGGCAAUGCUUCUGGUGAUGCUGCGCCUGCGAAGGCUGCUGCUUCUACUACCACCUCUACUGCUACCUCUACAGCCCCAUCUAAACCUCCUCACCCCAGUACCCUCGAAGUAACAUUCGAUGCUGAGCUUGGUCGUCAGGUUUCGGCUCAGCAUACUAGUAAAAGGAUCGUGCGGUAUCAGCUUAACCCUCGUGCGAACUGGGGUCCGUUGAAUCGGGCUGGGAAGUCGUGA